UCCCAGUCUGGGCGAUUGCCAGGAGUUUACCGGAGUGUCCCUGAGCCUCCAGCUGGCAGCCAGCAGGGAGGGGAGGUGCUGGGAGCAGGAAGAGCUGCGGAGAGAGGCGGGGCUGUCACUGACAGGCUCCGGGCAGGAGAGGGUUAAAGCCUAGGUACUAGAAGUUUUGGUGAAGGCAGGGAGCGCUGAAGGAGAGAGAGAAAAAGAGAUAGAGGAAGAGAGAGAAGGAGAGCAGAAAGUCCGGGGAGGAGAGCUUACUGACCGGGGAGAGCUGAUCAGCUGAUCCAGGACCACCGAACACACCGGGACCACCAGGAGGGAUGGCAGCAAAUCCAUCAACAUCAUCCGGACACAGCAGGAUCGUAACACCGAGCUGAGAUGGAUGUGUCCUGGCAUCGGCAACCAUCUGCAGAGCGACCUGGCACUACCGUUGGGUGAAGCACAUGCUACCAUGAACUAUCCGGAUGGGGGGUCAGAUUCUAGGAGUCCUGGAAGUCCCAAACUGGUCUCCCUUUACUCGGGACUGUAUAACGGGCGCUUACUGACAGCCAUCCCGUACGCCUCUGGAAUGGAGCACGCAGAACAGUGUCUCCGGAGCCUGCAGGGCUGGGGUGUUCAGGUGUCCAUGGCUCAGUUGAGGGAUACCCUGCGGAGGUCGGCCCUGAUACCGGAGCUGCAGAGAUACAUCUUCCUCAGUUCCCGAUGGUUUGGAAUUGUUUUGGCGGUGGUGUUAUACGUCUCUAUAUGGCUCAGUCUUUACACCACCGCACAGAUAUUCACAAACGGCCAUAGCUGGGUGAUCAGCAUACCCGUCACUGUGGCUACAACCGUUGUGACCUCGGUGGUCAUUCUGACCAUCAACCAACACCAAAAAAAGAUAAAUGUCAACACAGACCUGAGUCUGGCAGCUGCUAACGAGAUCUUCAUGAAAUGCAAUGUUCUCCUGGGAAUCGGUGACCAGUCGCGCACGUGUUGCAGUGUGCCAUCUCUCUGCUUCAUCUACUUCCACCUCUCGGGCUGUCAGCAGAGACUCUCUCAAUUCUUGGCCAACAUGAGACGGGAUGACCUCAGAAGGUGCCUGGACCAGCUUUUUGUUUUCGUGGAGACUCCUGUUAACCCAGUACUGGCUCAGGAGGGUUCUGAAGUCCCCACAUCAGAAGAGAGUCCCCUUUUGUCCAGUGGCUCGGGGAAGAAACCUGUUGUUUCCAACGAGAAGAUUCCGCUUAUAAAUGAAGGUGAACCACAUGUGAUGGCUGAACAGCUCUUGAUUAUAACCGGUGCCUGUUAUGUCCGUCUGCUGAUCUCAGGGCAGCUUCCUCGAGCCGGUGACGCUGGCCACACAGGGGUCCUUGAUGUUCCUUGCCCUUGUCAGUUCAUUGAGCAGAAUAUCCUACAGUCUGCACAGUGCUCCACGUGUGUAUGAACUGAAACCCAUUUUGAACAAUGAAACAUCAAGGAACGAAGAGCACCAUUGUCGAGGUAGGAUUUUGGAUACAAAGUUAAAAUAGGGGUACAGGUGGAGAAAAGACUUACGCAGGAUUUUAGAGUCACACUUCAUUAGAAAAGAAAAAGAUGCGACAGAAGUUGGCAAAAAAGGACAAUGGGGCCUUCAAGAAACCACAUGCAUCAUGAAUGAAGGGUGUACCUUUUAUGUAUAUUGUAUACAUCUUAUGUCAACACAGCUAUUGCAUGCGUGUCACUGUAGUGAAGGCAUCGUGUUCAUUAUUAUGUUUUCAUAUCAGCAUUAUUUUAUUUGCCCUGAUUUUGCCUUAAUCUCAUUUUUAAUGCAAGUG